AUUGUCGGAGGCAGUGCAGCGCCCGUUGGCCGUUACCCAUACAUGGUAUCCCUUCGCGACGCUAGCGGCUCCCACUAUUGCGGCGGCUCGCUCAUCGCGCCACGGGUUUUGCUGACAGCUGCCCACUGCGUGGCCGACGCCGUGCACAAGUUCCCUUCGGUCCACAUCGGGCGCCAGUACCUGAGCCAGGCGGAGAGCGACUAUGAUGUACGCCGCACAGUGACCACCGCCAUACACGGCAGCUACGACCCAGCCACCUCUGCUAAUGACAUAGCUCUGCUCCGCCUGGACGCCGCCAGCACCAAGGCGCCGCUGGCGCUGCCCACGUUCGACCUGGUCCCCGCCAACAACACCCCGCUGAGCGUGCUGGGGUUCGGCACCACCUCAGAGGGCGGCAUGUACCUGUCGUCUGACCUACAGCACGUGACUAUCGCCUACUUCGAUGCCGCCACGUGCCAGGCCCUGUACCCCUUCGGCCAGAUCAAGCCCGGCAUGCUGUGCGCUGGCGCGCUGGCUGGGGGCAAGGACAGCUGCCAGGGUGACUCUGGCGGCCCGCUGGUGCUCCCCUCCUCCAACUCCGCCUCGGGAGACCUGCAGCUGGGGGUCACCUCCUGGGGCUACGGCUGCGCCCGCCCCGGCCUGCCAGGCGUCUACACCUCCACUGCCCACUACCGCUCCUGGAUCAAC